CUAAUUACAAGUAGAGCGCACUACCUGUCGAUGUACCUUGUUUCAAAAUAUACAUCGCAGCGCGAUCUAUCGCUCUGAUAUGAAUAAAGAUCUAAGGUGCAAGUAAGACACAGAGACAGAGUGACACUCGAAGUGACGGAAAUGAUGUUGAUUCAUGAUUCAGAUACGUAUGUAUAAUAAUGCGUUGUGUCUGUUUAAUUUCACAAAGUCAUCGUUUUGUUAGAAGAGGAAAAAAACCGAAUGCUCCUGAAAUCGAUUCGCGAGAAAAAUCAGGAACGCCAAAGUUGAGAUACAUUUCAGAUUGGUUUUAGUGCUUUGUUUUUGUGUGUUGUAACCUAUUUCUCAUACAUUCAGCAAGAAAGAGAGAUAACGUUGGAAUGCGCUACAACUGGUUCGAAGUUCGUAUGCCUUUCUUAUCGCGAAAUGAUUUGUAUUCCUGGUUGCAGCACUUCCUUAUUUCUUUGUCAGUAUCAGCGUAAUGUUCGAAUCGUGCGAACAUAAUUUAUGUAACAUCUAUUACGUUCAAUUGCUACGUUCGUCGACGAUUCUAUCGAGUUACCUUGUAAAAUUUGGGUAACUCCUUGACAUCAGAGUCGCGAAGAUGCUUGAAAGAAUAAGACAUAACAACGCAGCUAUAGUUCACGUGGUACAGCAAAUUCAAAAAAAUGAAUUCGUUUUUGAAGACGGUCAAUUCGAUGACGAACAGGAGAACUGUAUUGGUCAAACAGUCGCUGCAGAAACAGCUAAAUACCACCGUGAUGGAGAUGCAAGGAGCACCAGGUGUGGAAAAUGGUGGUAUGGUUGGCAAUUGCGACGAAAGCAUAACCCUGUGCUCCGUUCUGGAAGCUAUUUUCUUACACGGUUUAAAGGACAGUCUUUUGAAUCGAGUAACGGAAGUUUUAAGCGGCCCAGAUAUAGACGCUGUGCCACAACCAAGUUUUUGGGGUCCGCUACUAGUAUUCUCUCAUCGACAAAUCAUAGACCAAAUACAGGCAUUAAGCCAACUUAGCACAGAAGUUGGAUAUUGUAGAGCUUGGAUACGAUUAGCUUUAAACGAAGGUCUUUUAGCCAGUUAUCUUUGUUCUAUAAGAAGAGACAAUUCGGCUCUAAAGCCGUAUUAUAAUCCUUCUGCAUUCAUUAGAGAUUUGGAUCUCGUGGAAAUUAUGGAACGAUUAAUCGAAAGCUUACAGUACAUUCGCUUUGAACUAGCCUGCAAUAGCAGUCUCUUAAAUUUUUGGUCGAAUACCCCUCUUUUAUUGGCAGGAAUAUGGUCUCCACCGAUGAAAUCUUGCCCUGUGUUUAGUGCAGUAGAUAUCGCCAAAACGAUAACUACCGAUUUAACGAAUAACGAAAAUUUCGACGAAGUUGAAACGGCUAGUUCUAUCGGUAGUUUCGGUUCCUUCAAUUCGUCGCAGUCUACUCUUAAUAAUAUGGCAUCACUUAUAGAAGACGAAGCUUUAAAACAUAUAUUGACUAAUAAGAAAUCAAACAAUAUUGGUACGGAGCAUUUAACCAAUAAUUUGAGAGAUACUCCUCCUUUGCAAGAAGAAGCAGAGGAGGAAGAUGUACAAGAAGCGGAGGACCAAAAUGUAAGAGAAGCAGAGGAACAAAAUGUGCAAGAAACAGAAGUAGCGGAAGAAAUAGAUAAACAGAUUUCAAAUACUAGUACUCUAAAAAGCAAUAUAGAAACUGAUACAAUAUCUAUCAUUAAUGAAUCAGGAAACCAAAAUGUAAAUAAUCAUGAACCUUCGGAAAAUGCUACCUCGACUACGGUAGGAAAUUCGCUAAUUAGAGGAUUAGGAUGGUCGACGUUGUUCGAAGAUUGCGAAUCAUCUUUAAGUUCGCUUGCGAUACCUUGUGACCCUGAAGCGGAUGAAUCUCGUACGCCAGUCGAUGGACCUACGUAUGAUUCGAUUAUUCAGAGUUAUCACACCGCUGGAAGUACGUCGGUACUAGACCUCCGGGAACUUUUAGAAGAAUAUCCUAAAAGAGAACCAACCGAUGAUGUAAUUAAAGUUCAAUCGGAAAACAAGGCGGUAAUCAAUUUUGACGAACAAUUAGAAAAACUUCCUAGAGAAAAGGGUUUGGACGUGCAAAAUUAUUGUUGCUUCGAAUGUGGUCACGCGAUCGGUAUGAUUUUUUCAAAAGCACACGUUUGCUCCUACUCUGGCAAUUAUUAUUGUUCCAAGUGUAUGUCGCAAAACGAAUAUCUCAUUCCAUCGAGAGUAAUUUACAAUUGGGAUUUGAAGCAUUACUUUGUUUGCAACAAAGCUGCUGCAUAUUUACAAGAUUGUCCAAAAUUACUAGACCUUAAAGUGUUAAAUCCACGAAUUUAUAUGGCUGUAGAUACAAUGGCUCAAUUGCAAUCGUUAAGGAUCCAAUUAAAUUUAUUAAGAGCUUAUUUGUUCACCUGUCGCGAACCUAUAAUCGAAUCAUUACAAAAGAAAGUUACGCCUAGAGACUAUUUAUACGAACAUGUUCAUCAAUAUUCCGUUUCUGACCUUCUCGACAUACCAAAUGGAACCCUUGCUCAACAACUACAAAAGGUGGUACAGUUUGCGAGAAAUCACGUUAUAAAUUGUUGGCUAUGCAGUCAAAAGGGUUUUAUUUGUGAAAUUUGCAAUAAUCCAAAAGUCAUAUAUCCUUUUGAUAUGGAAUCUACCUAUAGAUGUGCAGCCUGUAACGCAGUGUUUCACGCUGAAUGUUUAAAUGCUAGUAAACCAUGUCCAAAAUGUGAACGCAGGCGCAAACAAAUGGACCUUCCACUUUUAGACAUGGGAUGUACAGACUUAUCGGUGGACGAUGCUUCGACGCUUUCAGCUAAUACGCAUUAAUAAAUACAAUUUAUAAUGAACUAUAUAUUUUUACGUUCACUCUAUGUACAGUAUUCAUGUUUUUAUAAGAUAAUCGUUUAAUUGGAGUAUGCUUAAAAUUUGUUAAUGAAUACUUUUUAAUAAAUGAUUUGUGAUAGCAUUAAAAAAUUAAAUAUUAUAUUUUACAUUAAUUUUAAGAGGUACGGAUCUUUUGAAAUGUAUAUAUAUUUUAUCAAAACUUUAUGUACAAAAUGUAGUAAAAUAUAUCGAUCGUUCAUUUAUCGAAUUAUUAUAUUCUUAUUGUAUUUAAUACUGUUGUUAUAUUUAUGUAAUGUAAAAAGUCGCCAUGCUUUAUAAUUGAUAGAUUUAUGAUCUGCGCAUGGAUAAUCUAUACCUACUGAUUUUUAUGUACUAAAAUGUAAAUAAAAAUUCCAAAUUUGUA